AAAAUCAGUACAAUAAAAAAAAAUCAGCACAUGGCCACCCUAAUCAUAUUCAGCUUUGCCUAGUUAAGUAUUGUUCGCCUCACUAUGAAUGGCAAAUUACAGGAAUAUGCUUUGGGGAUCCCACAAUUACCGACAGCAUCAAAAAUGCUGGCAACACAAACUUUCACUUACGUGGCGGGUGGUAAUAGGGUGCUUUCUGCUAACACAUUCGGGUAGUUGUAUUCAAAUGAAGGAUGCAGUGAAUUAUCCGCUUGCGGCACCGGAUGUGCGCCUAAAAUACAUGAUCCCUCGCCUAAUGGAUGCAAAAACGCACGGCGCAUUAAAUUGGAAAUUUUUUAGUAAUGAUGAGGCUCCAUUGGGAAAUGCCAUCAAUGAACUACAGAAUAAGACGGUAAUCCAGAGCCUUGCGUUGAUAUUAAGGGAAUCGGUAACGCUACUUGGAAUGCAAAAUAUGACAACCCAUACGAGCAUCAACACGCAGUUACAAAUGAUUUCUAUGCUGGCGAAAGCCAUGUCAUCUUCCACGUCUGAGUUGCAAGAAACCAUGCGAUAUAGCAGUCUUAAGUAUUUGAGUCGCGAAAAUCUCCUCAAUCGACACAACAACAUCAUGCUAGACUCAGACCCAAAAACGACACAGGCCCAGGCCAUCGGUGUACACAGUUUAGCAAUUUCAACGCUACAGGAGAACUAUGAAAGCUGUCAGUCAUGUCAAAUGCGUGAAAAGGCGAAGCUCAGGAGCUUAGAAUCAAUAAAAAAUCAAAUUCUAAUGCGUUUAGAGCUGGUCCGCUUGCCCAAUAUUACCAAGCCGAUUGCCGUCCCACAUAGUAUUAUUGAGAAAUUUUACAAAAACUUCAAUAGCACGCUGGCCGGAAACAGAAGAAACGCCACCUUUUUCGAUGUGGUCGCUGGCUCAGAUGUUAAGCCAAAAGUAGUAGAUAAGUUUUCCCUGAUGUAUACAAACACGCCCAGACAUACAGAAAAAGAUGUGCCCUUUCUGAUGCACUAUUCUAAACAUGCUCGUCAUUUUCAGCAUGGCCAGCAAGAGCACUAUCAGUAUCCAUAUAAUAAACCCAAAUAUCAAACAUUCCGCAUUCCACCCAAUCGACACUCGCACCACCACCGCGGAAUAAUUCCUAAGGAUAACAACAGGGAUGCACUGUUGGAGUUAAGUGAUAUUGAAUAUGACCAACACGAUGAUGUGCAGAACGAUGAACGUCAGCAAAAUAGCAACUACCAACAAACUUUUAGUAGAAUUAGGCAGAAGAAACGAGUUAAAGGCGAAAAAGGACAGCUAUUCAAUAUGAAAGAAAGUGGCGUCGUAUCUGCUGUGUCCAAGGAUGACAGCUACAUCACACAUUACGAAUACACAAAGGAAAUAGAUGAGGAACCUUACUCGCAUGUGAACAGUAUUUACAUAUUUCCAACUACCUCUGCAUAUUGAAGCUUUUAUCAAACAACCUCGUCGGCGAAAACGAAGUACAUCAUUGGACUGCCAAGAAAGUGAUCAUGAAGUCCGUUGUUGUCGAUAUCCUUUAAAAGUAAAUUUUACAAAUUUUGGUUGGAACUUUGUUGUUGCACCAACUUCAUUCGAUGCAUACUUUUGCAAUGGAGAAUGUAAAGUUGGAUAUCUGGAGCAGUAUACUCACACACACAUCGCAUCACUAACCACAUCAGCGACUCCUUGUUGCUCUCCCACCAAAAUGAGUCCUCUGAGCUUACUUUAUUUUGAUCAAGAUCACAAUUUAGUGUUGAGCACCAUUCCAAAUAUGUCGGUAGAGAAAUGUAGCUGUUCAUAAUCAAAAAAAAAUAAAAUUAUUGAAGAAUUACCAUAUCUUAAAAGUACAGUGCUAUCUCGGUAAUCCGGACACGCUCUAGUCCGGGCUCAUUUAUAGUCGGGACACUGUUGAUUUUCAUACUGUCAUUCAUACCCUAUAUUCCGGACACUCCAGUAAUCCGCACGACGGUAAGACUCAGGAUGUCCGGAUUACCGACAUAUCCCUUAUGAGCUACCUUAAUACAUGUGCGCAUAGAUACAUGUGUGUGAAAAAUUUUGUAUAGGUGGGGUGCUAUAAAGCAAAAUUUGCUUUAUCUCAUUUUUGGAUGGGAAAUAAUACCAAAAUCUGAGGUUUGCUUUAUUUCCAACUAAGAUUUACUGGCGGAAGCAAAUACAUACGUUAAAGUAGGUAGAAUUUUACCUACUCUUCAGACUUCUAAAUCUGAACAUAUGUAUAUUCGGUAAAAGCAGCUGGGUUGCAAUAACAUUAUUCACAAUAAAACCAUAAUGGCUAUAUUUCUUCGUUGCGAUUGGAAAUAAAACCACAAUUUCGAUAUGGAAUGGAGAUAAAGCGAUUAUGGUUUUAUUGCGUUUUUUGAAAUUUCUGUUUAGAAAUAAUAGAAGCCUUUUUGCGCGAGAGAAUAUUUACAACAAAGGAACAAAUUGUAAAGACAUUUUCAAAAUAAAUAUAUGUACAUUAAAUUGGAUUUUUAUAAAAAGUAAAACUGCAGUAUUAAAAUUAAUUUAUAGAUGACGUAGCCCUUGUAAAUUAUUGUGCCUAAGCGGUUAAGUUCUGCGGCUCUUAUAAUCUCCUCAAACAUCAAAAUAAAGAAAUCACAGCAAAGGGAGUCACCUUUUCUGAAACCUCGAUUGGUAUCAAAAGGAUUGGAGAGGUCAUUUCUAAAGGGAGCUGGUGGUAAAAUACAGCGACUGCGUUAUAGAUCACAUGUUAUACGUAUGAUGUCGAAAACAUCGAUAACGAUGUUUAACUGGACGGUAGUGAGCCAAAUUGGGGGUAAGUAUGCACUGAUAAAAGAGCAGUAUGCAUUAUCAGCAAAGGUGCCGACGGUGAUUCCUUUUGAAGUAGGGAGGUCAUAUGUGUAGACUAAAUAUAGGAUGGGGUCCAUAUCGCUUCCUUAUGGUACGCCUACUCAGCUUUCAUGAAGUUUGGACUCUAUAUCCUAUGUGACGAAAAAGUUGGGAUUUUUAAGGUAGGGCUAAAUAAAUAUAUAGUCAUUUAUUGGAAGUGUAGUUUUGUUUUAUAAAGUAAUUCAUCGUGCCAAACGCAGUACAAAAGUUCUGUUCGAUGGAUGCACUAAAAGUGUAGAACAGUGAAAUGAAGAACACCAUCUGACAUUUAGAGCAGGCAUACGUUUAAUGCGAGAAAAAGCUUGAUCGAACGUUUUUUUCUUACACUAUUAUUUAGAACUAUUAUUUACUCAACCUUAAGAAAGAAGAAAAAGAGAUUGCUUUAGCAGAUAAUGAGGGAAGGGUCAAAUUAAGAGAGGCAA